AAGAAAGAAACUACACUAUAAAAGUUGGCGUAGAUAGGUUACUCAUUCUUGUUUUAUUUUCUAUGGAGAGCUUAAUGAACAAUAAGAUGUCCAGAUAAAAAUGAUGAGCGUUUCAUUUGCCAGGACAACAUAUCGAGGAAACGUUUACAUGUCAAUAUCGUCAUCAUCAAUCAACUGUUUGUUUGCUAGGCUGGUCUUUAACAUGUGUGAAAUUGCCCUGUUUGGUCUUCAACGCUAAAUAAUUGAAGAUUUGAAGACUUACAAGGUUUCCAGUAUAGGAAAAACUUUUUAGUAUGUUCUGAUGUCUGUGUAGAUAAAGGAAGUACAUGUAUAUGACAUUCAACAUGCCUUUAACCAAAUGACAGUUUGACAUUUAGAGGACCAUGGAGAGAAUCAAGGAUUUUAUUCUGAUUUUAACACUUAUUUACAAUGUACGAGAUACUACCGCACAGGGAAGGCCGCUACAGAGUAUCAUAAGCUACAAAGGGAUCAACGGGGUUGUUCAUAUUGAACCAAAUUUCAGAGCCAACACAUCGCUCGGCGUUGUUUCUUUUCCAAACAUAAGGAGUACGUAUUUGGUGGAGAUCAGAGAGAACAGGGUGCUCAAUGACGUCACAGUCAGGUGCCUAGACCAGGAUCUGGGUAAAAGGUACUUGGGUUCCACGUGGCAGCUUGUUCCAGGCAAAGAACAUCAAUAUUUUGUCUUCACCUCCGACGCUCGCUUACUGAACGGUAGGUCAAUUCUGUUGACCAACACCGAUACCGGGGAGAGACUCUGUGGUACAUUGGAAUCAAGCUGGUUACAUAACACGGCUGAAGCGAAAUUCCAAUCAAACAUAGCAGGAAGUGUUGUGUUUAGACAACUAGAAAACGACAGUGACGCGGAUACGUCAGUGAGAGUCAAUCUUUUUAAAACACAAGAAGUUAACCCAUUUGCAGAAAACGUCUACUGGUUCCUACUUUCAAAUCCAAGUAGUGAUCAGCACAAGGUGACAAUGACGUCAGAAUGCCGACUUCCGCUUCCGUUCCCACCUUCUCUCACACAACUUUACAUCCUUGCCCGCAAAUUUGGUCGUCUGCGAGUUGGUCGGGUCAAGGACGACGCAACCUCAACGUUUGUCGAAACAGGCCUACCACUGUCCGGAGUCAGAUCAAUCAUAGGAAAUAUUCUGGUGUUAGCCAGAGGUAGCGGUGAGAUUGUCUCAUGUGCUUUUGUAGGUGACAUUGAGCCCAGACAAGCUGUUUCGUCGAUAUUUAAUGACGGCGUAAAAGGAACAAUAAAUUUCUAUCAAAGGUCUCAAUAUGAUACAACAAUAGUACAAAUCUCCUUGAGCAACCUCCGAGGUCUGGCUGGGGGUUACCACAUUCACAAGUGGCCGGUUCCCAUGAAACUGACAGCGUUAGAUAAUGUUUGUGAUGCCCAAAGCAUAAGUGGACAUUUUGAUUUUCCGAGAGACAAGCCUCGAUCCCCUCCGCCGGGGAGGGGUACUGCCGACCAGUACGAAAUUGGGGAUCUUAGCGGAAAAUACGGACUCUUAACUGGGCAGGAUAGCUUCAACGGUCAAUUCCGGGAUGACAAUUUACCCCUGUAUGGGAGGUACAGUGUAAUCGGGCGCUCACUUACAAUUCACAAGUCUUACAAGGACGAACGAUGGGUAUGUGCAACCAUUGAACCCAUCAGUCGAAUCACUAAAGCGGUGGCCAUAUUUACUGAGCCCGUCAUCGGGCGAAUUGUGUUUACCCAGGUUCGAAACAAUUACUAUGCUGAUACACAUGUGUACGUUGAGUUAAGCUACGCUAACGGGAUACAAACUCCAACAGUUGAUCAUAACUGGCAUGUUCACGAAAACCCGGUUUGCAGUUUGUUCAAUGAUAGACCGUGCUCUUGUUCAGCAGCAGGUGGACACUUUAAUCCUUUUCGUGUUAACGUGACAGGAAACUACCCAAAUGCAUGUCGGCCUGACAACCAUUUAAGAUGUGAACUCGGUGAUAUAUCCGGAAAACAAGGACCGGUUAAUAUUCGAACUAAAGAUGGAAUAUGGUAUAGGAAUUAUUUUACUGAUACAAAUUUACCUCUUGAAGGACCACUCGGUAUAAUAGGUAAAUCGAUCGUGAUACAUGAUCAAAACAAAGGGAAAGGCCGUCUGGCAUGCGCAAACAUUUUUGAAGUUCCGGCAAGGGCUUUGUUUGUCGAAAACUGGUAUGGUUCGGAACCAUCAUCCGUUUCUGGCCUUUUCGAAUUUGUUGGCAGUGUUCCUCAGUAUGAAGAUGCGAUAGCAUGGACCUCUCUGCGUUUGAUGGGAUUAAAUCGUGGGGCUGGAGAGUACCACAUACACACUGAACCUGUUGAUCCAUCAUCACCUAACCCCUGCGCUGACAGUGUAGUCGGCGGUCAUUUUAAUCCUUUCUUCAUUAACAAAACAAACAGUCCACCCCCUGGAACUGGGACUCAUGAUUUUUACGAGGUUGGAGACCUUAGCGGCAAGUAUGGAUCAGUUCUGCAAGGCAGAGAAACAGCUCUAGCUUCCGGUCCUGACAACUUCUUGCCUGUAACCGGACCACUUAGUAUCAGUGGUAGAUCGUUAGUUAUCCAUACUGGGAACGGAUCGCGGUGGGUGUGUGGUAACAUUGAGGAGAACAUCGAGUUGUCCGGGGGAAGAGUUGUCCGAAUGAUUGCAAGGUUCACCAGAGGCAUGUUAAUUGGUGGAGUUAUAUUGAAACAGUAUGUCUACACUGAUAAUACGGUCAGCGAUACAGAGAUUUGGAUGGACCUAAGAUUUCGGAACAAUGAGGGAUUAAGGGUAAAUACGAACGACUCUGCAGAGAUUAGAGGGCUGAAUUGGCACGUGCACGUGCAUGGUGUGGUAGAAGGAGGUAACUGUCAAGAUGCUGGUCCACACUACAACCCUUACAACGUCAGUACCACGGCAGGAUAUGAGGAGUGUUCCUUUUCAAACCCUUACCGAUGUGAAGUAGGAGAUGUAAGCGGGAAACACGUUGUAUAUGAAAUCGGCGGUGGUCCAAGAUUUUUCACCGAUGUAAACUUGCCUUUAAUUGGUCGAUUUGGAGUUGGAAACAGGUCUAUAGUGAUUCACCAACCCAACAGAGGAGCUGGGAGAUUCGACUGUGCUAAUAUUGUUCCCUUAUUUGUAUAGUUAUCAUUGUAAUAAAACAUGGUUUGGAUUAAAAAAAUAA